AUGAAAAGAUGGCAAGCGCCUAAGGAAGUCAUUCAAAUGCAUAGCGGAAGCGCGUUUAAUGAAUGUGAAAAUAAGUCUAAUGAUUUAUUCUUUUUCUUCGAAUUGUUCGUCUUUCCAACCCUUUCAUUAGAGUAUGAUUGUGUUUGCCAGAUGAAGUCAAAUCUAAAUCACGAUGCAGUUAAAACUCUUCAUGAGUUAUGA